AUGUUUCUUAAGUGGAAGAUUUUCACCUUUGCGUCAUUGUUAUUUAUCGGGUACAUCUUGCUUGGGAGACCUUUUCUAAGCAGUGAUUAUAAGUCCACAACUGAAGAGGCUUGGGCUUCGAUCUACAACAACCUUUCAGCAAAGGUUGAAAAAUUGGAAAUUACCAAUUCCAAAUUACUUGAAUCUGUAGCUGACCUAAAGAAGAAUCAGUACGCUAAGUUAGACCCAAGUAAAGUUGGAGAAAUAUUCGGUGACGUUGAGAGUUUAAAAAGACUGACUUAUCAGCUCAAAAUGUCGGUGAAUAAAGUGAAUCAAUGUCUCUUUGGAGGAUAUGCGUUGACUGCUGCUUAUACAUCUCCGCAAGAUAAGUUUAAAAGAAGAAGUAGCUCCAAAUUGCAAGUUAAGAAGGCAAAUACUGGAGUAAUGAAGUCGAGCUUCGAUAGUGACAUUGAGCUUGUGAGCCCAUCGACUAUUGGCAGUACACCUAACCAGAAUGGGUGGGAGCCAAGAUCUACAAAACCCAAGUCUCCUCUUAUCUUGGACAGUUCGAAGAUCAUUCUGACAAACGAGGGAUAUUCAAGUGCAAAAGAUGGAGGAGGUGGUGGGAAUUUUGCUAAUGAAGAUAUCAAAAAUAAGUUCAAGAAUUCAAUUCUAGAAGUAAUCAAAGAUAAAAAGAUUAACAACUAUUCAUCGAGUAAGCCAAGUGAGGUGAGAGAGGAGGCUAAAAUAUCUAUAUCAAACCCUAACUUGAGAUAUAGAGAUGUAGUAAGGUUCAGUUCAAGUGGGGAUAAGUACAAACGAGUAUUUAUUCCCGGCAGAGGAUGGGUUGCAACUAAAAUCAUAGAAGGUGAAGAGAGUAAACUCGGAAGCGAGGCAUUUGUCUUGGAAUUGAAAUAG